UUUAACUCUGAGGAGGAGCUGUAGGGUUCCUGUUGUUUUGUGAUCAUGCUUAAGCCAUUGUAACGAUCGGCUCUUCAAUAUUUACCCAGGACUCCGAACAGUGGGACAGCAUCUGUAAUGCUCUUGGUUCCAGGUGUUACAUCAUUGCAGAAGCUGCAUCCAAAAGCAUUUCGAAACUUCUAGAGGGUGGCGACAUCAGCACCCCCAAAUCCAGCGGGCUGAUCAUCAAACAUACCAACCAAACCACGAUGUCUGACUUGGUGGAAAUAACCAAUCUUCUUGACAGUAAGAAGCGCAUCGCUGUCUUUGGAAGUACAGAAGGAGAGUCGUCUGAUGACAGCCUGGUCGAUUUGGCCAUCGGACUCGGUGUCCGGUUUAUCAAGUUGGGAGGUCUUUCUCGCGGCGAGCGGGUAACUAAGUACAACCGCCUUUUUACUAUAGAGGAAGAACUUGUCCAGAAUGGAACACUGGGUUUCAAUGAAGAACACACAUUUUUUCCCUUGAAUGACGAAGCGGAAAAGGGGACCGAGGCACCCGAGGCUGCGGCCACCGUGGCUGGUGAGCCGCCCGAGCUCCUGGAGCCCGUCUUCCCCACAGAAGUGAUGGAGUCAUCGGCCAAAGCAUGAGCGUCUUCUGGACAGGGCUGGGGACACCCCGGCUUUCGGCCACACCACUAGCAUGAGACCCCCAGAACCCCAGUGUGUCCUCACGUGAGGCUUUGCUCUAAAACAUCCCUAACCAGCGUGCUCUUUUUAUUCUUGUGAUUUCACUGUUUGGUGACAUUGAUAUGUAGUGUUUCUGCCCGAAAUUACACCUGUGAGCUGUCUUCCAGACAUCCCAUUUCCAUGGGGCUUUCGUUUGUGUACCAGCUCUCCUGUCCCCUUGGGGAGCCACGACCUAGGAAAAGAGUCCAGUACCUCUGUUGCUGAGCGCACACUCGGUGCCCGAAAGCACAGGCACAUUUUUGUGGCCAGCCUCAUGCAGGAAGAAGUGUGAGAACUUCAGCUUUUUUAACAGCCAAACAGCUGCUUCUUACUUCCUUACCCUUAAUUCCCUUUUCCCUGAUUCCCUCCUCUUACUACAUUUUCAUCUUUAUUAUAUUACUUACAUGCUUAUGGGUGUCCUAAGAUCCUUUUUGGAAA